GAAAAGCUGCUAUGCUGUCUCAACUCUUUUCAAUCCUCGUUGAAUAAGGAGAUUUGUGACUUAAGAGACAGACAAACACGCACGGAAACAAAUGUUGAUCGACUUAAACUGCAGCAGCUUUCAUUGCAUAGUCAAUAUGUCAGCACUGUUCAAGACGUCGAGAAAAUCAAGAUUGAGGUUGAUAAAAUUGCCACUACUAAUGAUGAAUUCCGUUAUGUCUUUCAUGCUCCAAGGAAAAAUCCAUGGUUUGGUGGUCGCGUAUCUGAACUGGAGGAUUUAGCAAGUCUUCUGCGAUUAGAUGAUGCCAGUCAAUCUGAAGUAAACAUUGCAGCUGUGUGCGGUUUGGGUGGAGUGGGGAAAACAAGUUUGGCUACCGAGUUUGCACAACAGAGGAAGGAUUUCUAUACUGGAGGCGUUUGUUGGUUUUCUGGUGAAGACGACACUACGUUUGAAAACAGCGUAAACGAUGUUGCUACUCGUUUAGGGACUCGAAGUGAUUCGUUCGGGCUUACCUUCUCGGCUACAUUGGAAAUGAUAUCUCGGAAUAAAAACCCGUGGUUGAUCGUUCUCGAUAACAUGGAUCAGUUGAAUCUUUCGGCCAAUAUUGUUAAGUUGGUCUCCGGGACUUGGCAACAUGAUGUUUCCGGUCACCUUUUAAUUACCACGAGACGGAAACCCACUGCCUUAGCCAACGAUAUUCGAGGAUUCGAUGAAAAAUGUUGUCUGAGUCUUAGAUGUUUUGAAAUUGAAGAAGGGAAGGAAUUUCUUUGCCGCAGAAUUGGAGUUGUCAGCGAAGAAGAUGUAGAUAUAGUUGCUGAGAAAUUAGUUCAACAACUUGGUGGAUUACCUUUAGCUCUUGAGCAAGCCGGGGCUUAUAUCAAAUCAUUGCGUUGUACAAUAUCUCAAUACCUGGAGCUUUACGAUUCGCAGCGCCUUCGUCUUCUUAACAGACAGAAGGCAACACGUGUUUCAGAGUAUGAUUCACCUGAGAGAGUAGCUGUUCGUACAACAUGGCAUCUUAAUUUCGAGCACAUCAAACAAACUGUUGAUGAUGGAAAGGCUGCUAGUACAUUUCUCUACGCAUCUGCGUUUUUGAAUCCAAAUGAGAUUCAAAAAGACAUUAUCAACAUUGGCGAACCACCCGUCGAAGAUGAAGAGUUUGGUGAAUGCGUGAAGACAACUUUGGGGCGUCAACAAGUCUUGAAACUGUUAACAGAUUUUUCACUUUUCAAGGAAACUCUUUUAUCCAACCUGAGUGUCCACCACUUAGUACAGGAAGUCAUACAGGAAAAUCUCAAUCAAGAACAGAAAAUCCAAAGCAUAAUUGAUGCCAUUCGCAUGUUACAUUACGCUUUCCAAAAUUGUUCUUCUCCUGACGAGCUUCUUUCAAGGGUUACCAGUAAAAGGGAGGAACGACCGUCGAUGGUUUCCAGUAGUAAUCUGUCGCGUUUUUUCAAGUGGCAUAAACUUUGUUUACAUAGUUACGAACUGGUAAAACAUUUACAAAAAGUCGUCAAGCAGCUAGAUGACCAUAGUGCUAUGGUAUUCCAACCUGAAACGGCUAGAAUAGUGUAUGAAUGUGCUAUUCAUCUGAGUGCUAACUCAAAGCACGAUGAAGCAAAAGUAGUAGCUAAUUUUGCCAAUGAUAUCUUUAAUUUAAGCAAUCAACAACUUCCUGCAAGUUCUCUUUUCCCUCACACUAUACCUCUACCCGAGUUAGUUCGUCGGCACAUACAGUAUUCGUGCAACACACCAGCAACUAGCAAGAAUGAUAAAUGUAAAGAUGGCGUUGAGAUGCCAAUCCACUCAGUCACCUCAGAACAGCUGGAAGAAAUGCGAAUGGAAGGAAAUGAUUUGUUUAAAGAGGGGUCUUACCUCGACGCAUUGAAAAUGUAUUCUGACGCCAUUGAAAAAUCAAAGAAUACAGCUUUCUUUGAUGUUAGAUUGUUAAGUAAUCGGGCAUCAGUGUAUCUUAAGCUUGGGAAAUACGAAGAAGCUUUGCAAGAUGCAGAUGAAUACAUAUUCCAACAGCCAAAAUGUUGGAGAGGUUAUGCGAGGAAGGCGUUGGCCCUCGUUGAAUUGAAGGACACACUGGGUGCUUGUGUUGCAGCUUCGUUAGCAUAUUACUACGAGAGAAAUAUAUUCCGUAAUUUCAAACCUUUUAUGAGCAAAUUUGAUUCUUUGUUGGAAAUGCAUGUGUUUGUGUGCCGCAAUAGCUCAGAUUUGUCAUCAGCUUUGUGGAAAGCAAAAGCCGACACACCUGACGAUUUAUCCGUUAUUAUUCUUGAGCCCGGUGAUUACCUUGUCUCCUCGCAUACUAUUGAGUCCGACAUUAUUUCUGAUGAUGGUACGACACUCGUUAUUACUAACUGCAUUCUUGUAGGUAGUGGAGCUGAAUGUUCAGUAAUUUUUGAUGAUAUUAUUUAUGUAGCUUUCUGUGAGGUUUUUAUAGCAUACAAUGUUAAUUUCCACUCUCGCUUUGCUCACUGUCAUUUUCAACCUGACUCAGACGUGAAACUCACUCAUUGUUCUUUCACAAGUUCUAACCAUAUUUACACUUCUUUUUGCUGCAAAGGGGAAUUGAAAGUCGAUUCUUGCAAAUUCCAUAAAUGCACCAAAGGUGGGUUGCUGGUUGUCGGUGACGCGGAGGUUAAAAAUUCGGAAUUUUGUGGUAACGGAGCUGGGGGGCUAGAAGUGCGGGAAGGUGGACGUUUGCUUGUAAGAAAAAGUAAAAUGUACGCCAAUAAGCAAGGAUUACUUAUUGGUCCACAAGUAAAAGAAUGUGUUGUGGAAAAUUGUGAGCUUUAUGAUAACGAGUGGGGUGGGAUUGUUGUUGAUAAUUGUAUAUCUGGUGUUGUAAUAAAGGGCAACCGUAUUUUUGAUAAUGAUGAGCCAGGGAUACAAAUGAUGAAAUCAAAUGUAUCCAUAUUGGAGAACGAGAUUCAAAGCAACAAUGACUGGGGCAUAACUAUCAAUCUUUUCAGUCGGGCUGACGUAAAGAAAAAUAAAAUUCGUAAUAACAAGUGCGGUGGUAUUUCUAUAGAUGCUACUUCUUCUCGGAAAAAGUCUGUUAUUGAAUACAAUGACAUUUCUUAUAAUUCCGGGCCUGGAAUUAAUGAAGAAGGGUCACUAAACGAACACAGAAAAAAUAAGUUGCAGAAUAACAAAGAAGAGAGGAAUCAAUCAACAGCACAAAGUGAAGCCAAGUUAUGCUACUACUGCAAAAAGACGGAAAAGAAUUUAAAGAAAUGCACCAAUUGCUUUAUGGCUCAAUACUGUGGAAGAGAAUGCCAGAAAAGUGAUUGGAAAAACCACAAGGAGGUGUGUGAUCGCCUAUUAUCUGAUGGAAGUAUUGUUGUGAGCUAUGUUCAAAAACCAAUGAUGACGGAUCAUUUAUCUCCUAAUAAACACGUUCCAAUUAACACAUUUGACGGAACGCCGAGGCGAGGACCAGGCCUUCUUCCUGUGGGUCCACAACACUGUCCGCCGCCAGAUGCGACGAACAGGUUUAUCGCUAAAAUGCAAGCAGGUAUUGCGUCCAGGGAAGGAAAAGGUUACGACCCUUCCGUGGUUCGACUAUACGAUCGUAGUCUGAAGAUAGAUGGAAUUCUGACUGGUGCUGAUGAAAUUUACCAUCUCGUUUGGCAGCAUGGCGCAAUGGGUCAAUUGUUUAGCUACUGGAAAAAACUUUUCAUGUGGGUUAAAGGCCCCGAACAUGGGAAACUUCGUGUUUUUAUCAACGAGUUUCCUCCAUAUCAACAUUGGUGA